CAUUCACACAAACUGACAAUCGACCAGUCGACCACAAGUUUUUUAGAUGGCGGACGUAGUAGAUGAGGUGAUUAUGGAUUCAGCCGAUGAAAAUGAUGAUAUUAUUACUAGGAGUCCAGAAGAGCUCGCUGAACUCAAAAAAGAAAAUGGAAACCAAUUAUAUAAAAUUAAGCAAUAUAGAUCUGCACUGCCUCUCUACAGCGAAGCCAUUAAACUUUGUCCAAAUACAGCCGCCUAUUAUGGAAACCGAGCUGCCUGUUACAUGAUGCUUAACCGAUUCAUUGAAGCCUUAGAAGACGUCAGAAGGUGUGUUCAAUUAGAUCCCAAAUUUGCUAAAGGUUAUGUACGUAUGGCUAAAUGUAGUUUAGCAAUGGGAGAUCUUAAAACAGCCGAAUUUGCAAUCAAGAAAGUUCAGGAUAUGCAGGUUGAUGGACAAACUAUUGCCAAUGAAUUGAAAUCCUUCGAAAAACUGAAACAGUACGAAUCUGAAAGCAACAAAGCAUACGAAAAGCAAGACUAUAGAAAAGUAGUUUUCUGCAUGGAUCGUUGUAUGGAUGAGGCACCUACUUGCAACCGUUAUAAACUUAUCAAAGCCGAAUGUUUAACUUUUCUCGGUCGAUUUCAAGAAGCUCAAGAUAUAGCUAACAGCAUUUUGCAUAUAGAUAAAGGAAAUGCUGAUGCGAUAUACGUUAGAGGAAUGUGUUUAUUUUAUGAAGAUAAUUUAGACAGUGCUUUCCAGCAUUUUCAGCAGGUACUGAGAUUGGCACCGGAUCAUAAAAAAGCCAUGAAUAUUUACAAAAAAGCCAAGUUAUUGAAGAAAAUGAAAGAGGACGGCAAUGAAGCAUACAAAGCUUGCAAAUUCCAAGACGCUUACAACUUGUAUACAGAAGCAUUGAAAAUAGAUCCACUUAAUAAAAAAACGAAUGCCAAACUUUAUUUCAAUCGUGCAACGGUAUUGUCAAGACUAGCGAAAACUCGCGAAGCAAUCGAUGAUUGUACAGCGGCACUCAAUUUAGAUGAAUCUUACGUUAAGGCUCUUCUUCGGAGGGCGAAAUGCUAUGCGGACAUUGGGGAACAUGAAGAUGCAGUACGAGACUAUGAAAAAGUUUUCAAAAUGGAUAAGAGCAGAGAAAAUAAAAAAUUACUUCAAGACGCAAAGCUCGCACUAAAAUUAUCAAAACGAAAAGACUAUUACUCAAUUCUCGGAGUUGAACGAAAUGCGGGCGAAGAUGAAAUAAAAAAAGCAUAUAAAAAACGAGCGCUCAUUCACCAUCCCGACAGACACGCUAAUGCUUCUGAAAGCGAGAAAAAAGAACAAGAAAAAAAAUUCAAGGAUGUCGGAGAAGCGUACGGUGUACUUUCUGAUCCCAAAAAGAAAAUGAGGUAUGAUAAUGGACAAGACUUGGAUGAAUUUGAUGGUGGAAUGCCAGAUGUUGACCCAACACAAGUUUUUCAAAGAUUCUUUGGAGGUAGCUCACACGGAGGUCAGGAAUUUUCAUUUGGCGGUGGAUUUCCAGGGUCAUUCACUUUCCAGUUCAGAUAAAAACAAUAGAUUGGACGUACACCGUACAUUCCAGUGUUGUAGAUUCUCUUGUUUUUCUUUUGUGAGAUGUACUACUAUUUCUACUUAUAGUAUUAAUUCAUAAUUUAUGUUUUUUAUCAUUUUUUUCUGAACACAAAUACUAUGGAGCAAUUUUGAAUUUUGAGGCAAAAAUGAAAAAGAAAAUUGAAGACUGUAUUAGUCGGAUGUUUACAAAUCGUAACAGUUUUAACGAUACUAUAGGAAAGGUUUUAUUUAUUAUUUUAGAUUUUCGGUAUACAGUUACAACUAGCUAUAUUUGUUUUUUGUUAAGCAAUAAAAAAACUAAUAUGGUAUUUAA